AUGAAGACGGGGGUGCCCUCACGUAUACACCUCUCACUUCAACGAGCAUGCGAGCAUGAGGAGCCUCCGUGCUUCGCCACCAGACAUCUAGAGUCAACACCAGGAACGCUUGGAAAGACUCGAAUGGACUGGAACGGUGGCUCGCCUGGAUCUUUCAGCUCUCCAAUUUCCAAAGUGCUGACAGUCUACAUCAACAUCUACAUGCACAUCAUUGAGAUCUUCGGCGAUCGGUUGCUCCAGGUGAAACAAGGUGUGAGAGGAUCACGCAUCAUGGACCACUGGCAAGAAAGACAUUUCGUACCCCAUGACUACUCUUCCUUCUCCUACCAGCAGAAUCGUUUGGACGUGAAUGAGCACCCCACAUCACAAGCGUCCUUCCGCUCGUAUCUCCAGCUCACCCUUCCUUUCAGUCAACGUCUUCAGUUCCAAUGA